CGUCUUAGUCUGGGCGUUUCGGAGUAGUGCGUGGGAAGACCACCUCGUCUCUCAACAAGCGUUCGAAGCGCUGUGACCGUGCGGCUGUUGGAUAUGGCCGAGGAAGACGGUUUUGUUGAAGAGCCCCCCGAUACUCCGACGCGCCCAGGUCAAAGCCUGCCAGUUAGCAGCGCACCGUACCCCCUGGUUCGGCUGGUGCGCAAAGGCAGCACGCUGUCCAGUCAGCUGCACUCGCCUCUGCACCGGGGCGGCUCUAUCCUGACCUCCCCGAAGCACACAUGCAGUGCGCGGGCAACGUCACCCGCAGGAGCGGGCUCGACCAAGCAGGACACACCCGACACUGGCCCUACAUGCCUACGUCGGACGGGCAGCGGUGACGUCAUCAUCGGCGAGGUGGUGCUUAUGCAGCCUCGGCGCGUGUUCGGGGCGUCGGGCGAGGGUGCCACCGACAUGGUGCAAGUGGAGCUGGACUCCAUGCGGGAGUCUCCGCCGCCGCGAAACGGACCAAGCGACGAAGAGGCGCCGCUCUCAUGGAUAAAGAGAGGCACGUCAGCUGGCAAGGUAGCCGCAAUCGUGUUUGUAACGAUAAUGUGGCUCCUGCUGGUCGCUGGAGCGAGCACCUACUACUUCAUUGAAUCCGAGUUAAAUGGCACAUCAUCAAGUCAAGGCACGGCACGGCUAUUAAGUAACAGCCUGGCAGCGAUUUACAACGCAACACAUCAUCACUGACGUCCAUAAAGGCACCUGUCAUCUUU